AUGGUUCCACAACCAUUGGGAAUUGGCUCUAUUGAAUUAGAAUCUGGUGAAUGGGUCAAACCGUUUAUUUGUGAAGAAUAUAGUUAUACUGUCAAAGGUUCCAUAGAUAUAACCAAUUUUGGUGGUUUUAGAGUAUAUUAUGAUUUUAUUAUGAGAGAAAAAGGAAAAACCAUUUAA